AUGGGACCUUGCCGAAGGUACGAUGAAGUGGAUGAAGACUGGUCCGGUCCAGUGGAUGUUGGGCCGAAGUUUGUAUUUUGUGAUCAAUAUGGAGCCUGCCUUAAAAUCUUGCAAGCACAAGGUAGGUGUAUUAUUCAUUUUUGUCCAUUACAAAUAUACUCAAAUUCGCGUUAUAUCCAUGAUAAUUCAUUACUUCAGUGUUCCGAAGUAAAAGGGGGUGAGUUCAUUGCUGAGAAUGAUCGAAUGAGUCAGUUGCCACAUGAUGUUUUGAUGACAAUCAUGUCUCUUUUAACAAUGAAGGAAGCCGGAAAAACAAGUAUUGUAUCACACACAUGGUAUAACUUGUGGCGUUGUUUACCUGUCUUGUUCUUCAAAGUUGAUCCCUACUCUACAAUCAAAGAUAAACUGUUACUUCCGGAACAAAGAUCAGGUUUUACGGGGUGGGUUAACAGUGUGGUGGGAGCUCAUCUUGGUCCUGUUAUUGAUGAGUUAAGGGUGAUUUUCGAUUUGGAUGUCAGAUUAGAAUCUGAUAUCGAUAAAUGGGUGAUUUUUGGAUUCUCAAAACAAGUCAAACACCUUGAAUUGGACUUGACACCAUUCUACAACAGAAGUAUUUCCUUGAUUGACUGUUAUACUUGGCCUCUUGACUGUCGUAUAUCAUCUCUUGCUCUGCUUGGCAAUAUGACAUUCUUAAGAUCUUUGUGUCUUAAAUAUGUGAAUGUAUCUGGAAAAGACGUCGAGUGUCUUCUGCGUGUGUGUUAUGCCCUGGAGGAUCUUUGCAUUGUUAAUGGGUCAAUCGACUGGACACAUAUAAAUCUUCCGGAUUUGUCUUUACAAUUGAAGCAUCUAAAGGUAUUAGAUUGUCCCCGUUUGAUGAGCAUUGACAUUAAGGUCCCAAAACUUGUGUCAUUUACUCAUCAUUGGCGGCCUAUAGACCUCCAUAUUAGAGAUUCGCUACUGCUUUCCAAGGUAUCAAUCGGUAAUGGUGAGUUUCAAGGAGAGAUUGUAAAUCAUGUUCUUAACUCCCUUUCAACGUGCUUCUCGAAUGUCAAGUUCAUGAGUUGGGACUUUAUGUUGGAUCACCCAUUUGUUGACAACCUUGUCAAGGUGAAUAUGGGGAUCAAUAACCCACCUUGCAUGACAAAUCUCAAACAUAUGGAAUUCCAUGUUACAUCAAAGGGUAACGAAAGCCUACUUGGAUGGGCUGAUUUUAUUGAGGCAUCUCCAUUCUUGGAGAAACUCACUAUGAAGUUCUCCAUAUUAUAUAACAUGAAUACUGAGUUUAGGAGAGAUAUAGUCAAACACAAAGGGCGUCCUCUAAAAAGCUUGAAGACAUUAGAGCACAUUGGCAUUCUAGGACUACCAAUUGACAUCGAGUUUGCUACCUAUGUAGUCGAGAAUUCCAUCAUGCUGAAAGAUAUUGGUGAUUAUCUUCCAUUCAUAGCAGAAGCAAUAGUAAGAAGGCGAUCAAGGUCUCAAGGGUGA